AUGGUUCGUUCAACGUUCGUUAAUCUAGUUCUUUAUCAACUUUUCGCAUUGAUUACUAUUUAUCUAUUUGUAUACAUUCAUGAAGAAGUUCCGGAGCCCUAUAUGGAUGAAUAUUUUCAUUUUCAUCAAGCAGCUAAUUAUUGUUCAGGAAACUACACACAUUGGGAUCCAAGCAUAACUACACCACCUGGUUUAUACAUGAUAACACAUUUAUUGGAAAUGAUGUUAAAUAGUAUUCAAAUAUUGGAUAAAACAUUUGGUGCUUGUUCAUUAGGAUUAGCUCGAUUUACAAAUGUUAUUUUUAUGUUAGCAUUACCAUUUGUUUUUAUGAAAUAUCUUGAAAAAAUUAAAAAAGAAGAUGAACAAACUUCCAUACUGCCUGCAUUAUGCAUGUGCUGCCACCCAUUAAUUUAUUUUUUCACUUUUCUUUAUUAUACUGAUGUUGGCUCAUUAUUUUUCGCCAUGGUAUCUUUGACAACUCAUGUGUAUCAUUAUCGUUUCUUGUCUGCUAUGUUUUCUAUUAUUGCCUUAACAUUUCGUCAAACAAAUAUAAUAAUUGUUGCUUAUGAAAUCGGUUUGACCAUAAUUGAAGAAUUUCGUUCGAAAAAUAAACAAAGUCAUAUAUUACAUGUUUAUACAUCUCGUUCAAGUGAUACCAUUGAAAUAAAAGAAUACUUCAUAGUCCUAUGGAAAUAUGGUCGAUUAGAAAUUAAAUUAAUUUUAAAUCUUAUUCAAUCUAUUAUUUGGACUUGUCGAUAUAAUCUAUGUGUGAUUAUAUUAUUUGUGCUUUUUUUUAUUAAAAAUAAUUACUCGAUGACACUGGGUCACCAGGAGCAUCAUCAAAUAGUAUUACAUUUAGCUCAAAUGCAUUAUUAUGCCACAUAUACGGCUUUUUUUGUUGGUGCGCAUAUUUUAACAAAAUUAAAUCUUCUACGUUUACUGCGAUUUCUUCGGUCGCGCGCGGUGCUUUUCAUUAUUUUACUAUUAUUAAUAAAUGCUAGUAUAAAAUACUUUACAUAUGAACAUUUAUUUCUUAUAUCGGAUAAUCGUCAUUUUACAUUCUAUCUUUGGUCACGUUUAUUCAAACGCUAUACUCUAUUUCGUUAUUUAUUAACACCUAUAUAUAGUAUCUGCAUAAUAUUACUUUAUUUCCAAAUAUAUGAUCGAUCAUUAUUAAACAUUCUUCUUUUGUUGAUAUGUACUAUGUUAUUAACUGUAUUUCAAAAACUAUUAGAAUUUCGAUAUUUUAUUCUACCAUUUAUACUACUUCGAUUGUCGAUUAAUGAUAGAAAAUCAUCGAAAUUAAUGAUUGAAAUGUUUCAAGCAAUAGUAAUCAAUAUAAUAACACUGUAUAUCUUCUGUCAUCGUACUUUUUUCUGGCCAACACAUCCGAAUAUUAUACAAAGAUUUAUGUAUUGA